AGUAAGUCCGAGUGCCUGGUGUACGGCUGCGGCUCGUACACCACUUGUUAAAAAAAAACCCGUUAAAUCGUCACCUCCGGGUGCUUUCUAGUAUUUUUAUCCGUCUCCCCAAGUUCCCAAGUGUCUCCACCCCCUAAAAAUACCCCCAAAGAGCCCCCGACUGCGUUUAAAAACCACUGGUGACACCAACUGAAGAGCCCCGAGUGAAAAGGAAGAAAUAACUGAAAGUUUGUACGUUUUCUUCUCUCGAUCAAAGUCAAUUAAAAUUCUUUUUGUCUCUCCCUCGCGGCCUCUCGUCACUACUUUUAUCUCGAAUCCCCUCGGUUAAUCGCAAACAACCAAUCCCCCAAUCGCAUUGUAUUUAAAACAAUUCGCGCGUGUGUGUUUAUGUGUAUGUGUAUGUGUGUGUGUGAAAUUGAAUGGCGACAGUCCACGCCGCCCGGCCAUCGAGCUCUGCUAGCCGCCCCCCACUCUAACCCGAGGACCCCCUCCCCCUGAAAACUAUGCCCCCCCAAAAAUUAUGUCAAUCGCUAGUCGAAAACUAAUGAGUGAUAGUUGGAAAUCAGUGUUAUGCGGUGCCAAAGCGCCGACGGCGGAUGCGGUGGCGACGAUAAAGACGAGGGCGAAGAAGACGAAGAGGAUCAUUACAAGAAGAAGGCCAAGACCGAGAAGAAGACCAAGAGCCGAGCAGUCCCAGUCAAUUCCAGACGCCUCACCCGUGGCCUGAGCGACUCCCCAGCGAUCUAAAGCAAUCCCCAAACAAAAUAGCUGAAAAGGCCCCAAAAGCCCCCACGAGCUCACCAUUUCCCCACCGUAAAAAAGCUAAAGUACUGGCACCCAAAUGCACCUGCGGCAUAUCCUGUUUCAUGUUCAUGUUCUGGAGCAAACGUACGGUAUUAACUAGACGUCUGCUAAAGGCCAAGAUCCACCGGGAGUAUGAAACCGAGUGUGAGACUCAAGGGACUACAUCAGCGCAAAUUAAAGUACCAACUGUUACCUCAGGUCAAUUAAAUGACACAACGAGCAAUAGAGUAGCUGUCGCAUCGACGGGGAGUGAUUGUGGGGGUAGGAGAGAUCUUCCAAGAGAGAUUGCCGACAGGAGUGUUGUCAACAGACUCCACCAGGCCUGUUGUGGUGGAGUUGAGGAGGACAACGAGGAUUUGGUGGAUGGACGAUUGUCGAGGUGCAAGGAAUUACUCAAAGCCCUCAAGGAGAAUCAGCUGGAGAUGCUGGUGACAUCGGUGGAGAGCUGUGGGGCUGAUCUCGCUGGCUGUGUUCUCGUCAGGAGGAUCAACAGCAGCAGGGACGAGCAGCAGGAUCACUACAGGAGGCACAGGCACCUCAGCAGAAGUGCCAGGCACCAUCAUCCCCUGAGGCACAGACACUCGGACACUAGGCAGAGGUCCAAGUGCAGGCAUUGUGAGAUGAAACAUGUGAAUAGUGCGGGACAGGAGGAGGACGAUGAGGGCACUGGGGGGGACGAUGUGGCUAUUGUUAAUGUGGUUAAUGUUGUGAAUGAACCUGCGAAUUUACUCGCUUGUCAGAUGUGGAGGUGGCCCGAUCUGUCUCAGUCGAAGGAUCUUAAGAAAUUACCAGUGUGUCAUUCCGCAAUGGAUUCUUCGUAUGUCUGCUGCAAUCCGUAUCACUGGAGUCGACUUUGUAAACCUGAGUCGCCACCGCCCCCGUACUGUCUGAUACCGGCUGAGAGAGUUGCUAAGCAAGAAGGUGCCGUGCAAUCCAGCCAAACGGAGGCGCGUGGAAAUGCCGCCGAGCCCUCGCGACUUCCGGACUCGUUAACCACCGACGGUGAAGAGCACAACGAAGACAAGAAGGAAUGGUGUACGUUAGCCUAUUGGGAGCUCGGUGGUAGAGUGGGAAGGCUCUAUCCAGUUGAAGCAUCAACGAUAAGUGUCUUCGACUCACUCCACGAUGGUGAUGGCCUCUGUCUCGCAAGCCUCGCCCAGAAUCACGGAUCCUCGGCAGCAGUUCGAAGGACACGACAGAAAAUUGGCCUAGGUCUGAUGUUAAGUCAAGAAUCAGAUGGCGUAUGGGCGUACAACAGGUCUGACACCCCAAUAUUCGUAAAUUCACCGACCCUCGACGAUCCAGAGUCCCGCACUCUCCUGGUAUACCGUGUCCCCCCUGGAUUCUGCCUCAACAUUUUCGACAGAUCAAAGAGGCCGAAUGUACGUCUGUCCUACGGUGAUUCAUUGAAUUCCACUGGUCCUGUUGAUGCCAAUUCCGUACGAAUAAGUUUUGCCAAGGGCUGGGGCCCCAAGUACUCGAGACAAGAGGUGACAUCGUGUCCCUGCUGGCUAGAAGUGCUACUAGCGCCCUGCAGGUGAUCAACGAAUUGUUUAUUGUUAUGUCUAUUGUCUGGUAAUGAAUAUUGACAAAUACCAACGCCAUAUGUGCCUUCCCUACCCCCCCAGACUCAGUGGAGAACAUUCAAGUGAAUUAUUGAUUACACAUUGUGGGGGGAAUUGGUGGAGAUUGUGGAGUAUUCUGUAAAUAUCUUCUGAAUUAAGAGGUUUGGAGGAAAAUGUCACGGGAACUUUUUGAAGAUAAUGAAAUUCUCUGCGAAAAAUGUUUAGUGACAUUUUCCCGUAAAACCACUCAUUAAUGAGAUAAUUCCAUCCUUAAGUCGUGAUUCGGAUUUGGUAAUCGAGAACGAGCGAAAUGAGGGCAGUUUAUUUUGCGAAUAUCUUCUGAGUGAAUAGGUUUAGAGGAAAAUCGUGUGGGAACUUUUUGUAGUUUAUGAAAUUCUCUGUAAAAAAUGUCUUUUCAUAUUUUUUGAUAAAACCACUAAUUAAUGAGGUAUAAUCUCUUCUCCACCAAUUCACCAAACAAAAUGAUUUUCAAAGUGAAGCUAUGCUACGUCACAAAUGCAGACGUAGUCAGUCAGCCUCAUGCCUUUUCGCAUUUCAAUGACGAAAUGAUUGUUUUUUUUAUUGUUAUAUAAAAAAAUUAAACACAAUAAUGUCGAAUCCACAAAUAAUACCACAAAUGGAUGGAUAAUUGACUGCUCGAAUAAGCUUGGUACCUCAUUGUUCUAGCUUUUUCUUAUUUUUAUUUCAAUUGAUUUAUUGUGUUGCAGUCUAUAUUUUCAACGACUAAACGCAAUUGAUUUAUUUGUUCGUUUAAGGAUAGAAUUUUUAAUUAAUUCUAACACAAAAAAUGAAGUAAAGAGGUUUUUUUUUCUUUUUGUUAUUUUAUAAAAUACAAAUGAUAAAACGCACGAUUUAUUGACGAUAAAAUUUGUAAAAAAAUGAUAUAUCGUGCGAUUAUUUUAAUUUAUUAAGAAUUUUGUAGAACACGAAAUUAAUAUUCGUUUGUAAAUAAAUUUUAUUUAUACGUAGAUCAAUAAAACGCGACGAAUAAAGUGAUUAUGGAGUUUAUGAAUUGUAUCAUUUGGUGACUGAGCGUGUGAAUGAGAUGUGAAACCUUCGGUUACCCUGUGGAGUAUGUCAAAGUGAGUUUUUAUCAUUUCUUUUUCAACUAAUGACUGUAUCAUUGGGGAAGAACGAAAGACGAGCCAUAUUAAAUUGCGAAUAUCUCGAGAACGAGUGGAUUUAUAAAAAAAUGUCAUAAAACAUUUUUUCUGGAGAAUUAAAUUUCCUACAAAAAGUUCCUCUGAUGUUUUUCUCUCAGUCUGAUAGUUUUCGAGAUAUUCGCAAAAUAUUGAAUACAAAUUUGGAUUCAUCUCUCGUUCUUCACUGGUGAUUUCUCUUUUUCGUUACAUAUUAUUGUAUAACAUACAUGAGAUGUAUGUUUUCACGCUUCCGAUACGAGAAUUGAUGAAAUACGUCUGGCCGAAGAGUUGCGUCACCGUGCCAUUGCUAUGAUAAUUAAUUGCGAUAAUUGAAGUAGAGUUUCUAGGGAAAAUGAUGAGAAAUAAAUUUUCCAAUGCCUUUGGAGCCACUGCUGGCUCAGAGUGAAGUUUUAGGCUCAGGACCACUCGCUUGCUCGAGUAUCAAUAAAUUUAUAUAGAAAUAUAUGAAGAAAUGGCUCUGUUGUGAAGUGGUGAAGCAGAGGAGAUGACAUUUUCUGUAGAGAAUUCAAUUUCCUGCGAAAAAUGUCUGAUGACAUUUUCACCUAAACCCAAUUAUUUCCGAGAUAUUCACGAUAAAUCUCUCCACCACUUCUCCACAGAAUUAAAAAUAAUUGAAUAAAUGAAAGACUGUAAAUGCAGACGUGUAAUGCUCGUGUAAAAAUAGGAUCGCGAAUUGAAAACCACAAAGAGAGUCUAUAGAAAGCAUAGAAGUCGCCUCUGUGAAACAUUGUGCCUUUUAUAUUAAACGAAAAGCCGACAAAAAAAACUCGAAACAAUUUUUAAAACUAAAACCAUUGAAUUUGUGACGCAAGGAUUGAUUCGAUCACGUUGAAUUUUUAAACGAUCGCCAUUUCGAAGAGAUACUUGUUGUCCUCUUUGUCUCAAAAUUCGCCUCCGUCCUAUUGUCAAUGUCCAUUGAAUGGUCUUGACGAGUGAAUCAACAAAUUAUUGAAAUCCAACAAAUUGAUUAUUGCGAUGAUAACACUGAAGGAUUUCGAAUUCAACGAAUGCCUUAAUUUUUUAUACCUGCCAAAUAUGUCACACGAGUCAUAAGAAUAAAUCACACUUUCGUCGAAGCGCCAAUUAAUUAAUUGGACUGUAAUUAAAGAAAUGGGAAAUUAAAAAUUCAGUGGAUUUUUUCAUUCUGUCAACGACGUGAUCAUCUCCGUGAUGAGUAAUUUUCCCGUAUCACCGAGAUAAAUCAACAAUUGAUAAAAAACUAUCUUUUCCCACUUCACUGCAAAAAUAAGUAAAAAAACUUGUUGAAAACAAUUUGAUAAAUAAAACUACACCAGCAAUUUCAUACAUCGUAUGUGUACAUAAAACGGGGCUAUACUCUAUUGUAAAUCAAACAUUUUAUUAACAUUAAUGCUAGUGACUAAACCAUUAUAACGAAUGAUUACCCCUAUCUGAUACAAUAAAGUGUUUUUAGAAUAAAAAAAA